AUGUAUUCACCAGUGCCAGUGGAAGGAAAACUCACAAACGCCUCCAAUGGUUCACCUAAACCUCUAGUCGAAUGGUCCACCGGCCUAUUUGACUGCUGCUCCGACCCAGGAAACUGUUGCAAAACAUUAUGGUGUCCAUGUGUUACUUUUGGCCAACUUGCUGAAAUCAGUGACCAGGGAACCACUUCUUGCUGUGGGAGCUGUUCUUUGUAUAUGUUGUUUUGUUGUAUGUGUGGGCAUGGUGGCUUGUAUUCCUGCUUCUACCGCUCAGAGAUAAGACAGCAAUACAAUUUAAAAGGGAAUGAUUGUUUAGAUUUCUGGAUUCAUUGUUGCUGCGAGGCUUGCGCCUUGUCUCAAGAAUACCGCGAGCUUGAAAAUCAUGGUUUUAACUUGCUCAUUGGAUGGCAUGGAAAUGUUGAGCAACAGACUGGAGGAAUAGCCAUGGCUACAACAACAGCACCAACUGUGGAAUCGAGCAUGUAUCGUUGA